UACGUUUUUACAAAUAAAUAAUAAACAGUAGUCGUAAACUGACUUUAUUUGUUAUUAAUGCCGAACAAUAAAUAUUUAUGUGGCUGAAAAUAAAACAAACGACAGUGUAGUGAUGUGUCGCAGAGGUGGAAAGUGCGCAUGCCCGCCACUGCGCCACUAGGCGGCGCGCUGCCCCCUGGCGGACUCGCGUCGCAGUGAAUUGCGUAACAAAAGCACACUCGCCUUCAGACGCUACGCUGAAAACUUCAGCUCCGUGCGCGCCGACGGUAUGGGGAAGCGUAAAUCGCCAUAAAACUUUCCCGCGGUGCGCGCUCAAUUAAAAUAGCGUUUUUUUAUUUAUUUAUCAACUGUCAAAACCCAUUUGAACGCCAACAUUAUUUAUAGCUUGUAAUUAUUAACUUUCUGUAGUUUUGUUCGAAAGUUGACUGUGUCGAAAAGUGAGUCGAUGCGGAUUUCGCCGGUUACGUAUGAAAUAGUGCGAACGUUCUAAGUGUGUGUGUUCAUUUGUUUUGUUUUACUUUGCUUGGUAGCAAGUGGUGGCGGUGCCCGGUGGGACCGCGCUGGUGGUACGAAGGAAUCGAUACUGCGGUGGGAGCGGCAAGAUAACUUUAGCUCAUCAUGUGGCGGAGAACUAAUGCGGCUUGGGCAGAUUGAGCGUCUCUCCACAUGCCGACAACACUCUGCAGUCAGCAGAAAGAUGUCCUAAUAUGGGUUGGUCAUGCGUGGUGGCACGCGCCGUGGCUUUUCUCCUCAUGCUCAGCAGAGCAUCCGCGCUAACGUCCGACAUCUUUGCAGCGGGCAAGUCGGACAAAGAGAUUCUGGACAAUCUACUAAAAAACUCCCGCUAUGACAAAAGACUGCUUCCACCAGUAGAUGAUCCAGAUUUUUGUUGUGGUCUUACCUCACCGAACGACACUGUUGACCAAAAUAAUAUUGGGCUACCCUCGCUUCGGCCUCGAUCACACAACCGCGGUGUCCUCACCGUAAAUGUUAGCGUGCUACUUCUUAGUUUAGCAUCUCCAGAUGAAUCUAGUCUUAAAUAUGAGGUGGAGUUUCUUCUGCAGCAGCAGUGGUAUGACCCUCGAUUGCGAUAUUCUAAUCAGUCGCAUUACGACUUCCUAAAUGCCAUCCAUCAUCACGAGGACAUCUGGUUGCCUGACACAUACUUCAUAAUGCAUGGGGAUUUUAAAGAUCCAAUAAUACCUAUGCAUUUUGCGUUGCGCAUAUACCGGAAUGGCACAAUCAACUACUUAAUGCGGCGUCAUCUCAUACUGUCCUGCCAGGGGCGGCUCAACAUCUUCCCUUUUGAUGACCCUUUGUGUUCAUUUGCAUUAGAGAGUAUAUCUUAUGAGCAAUCAGCUAUUACCUAUGUAUGGAAGAACGACGAAGACACGCUAAGAAAGUCGCCAUCACUGACGACCCUGAAUGCGUACCUCAUCCAGAAUCAAACCAUUCCUUGUCCCAUCAAAGCUAGCUGGAGAGCUGAUGGUAUUUCCCUUUACGAGGACGAUGAAGAGCUGACAUGUAAUCUUUGCCAGAGACGCUUUGAGGAGCAAGGUAACUACAGCUGUCUAAAGGUGGACCUUAUUUUUACGAGAGACCGAGCAUUCUACUUUACCACAGUAUUUAUCCCUGGAAUUAUUCUGGUGACCUCUUCCUUCAUCACAUUUUGGCUGGAAUGGAACGCGGUUCCAGCCCGUUCCAUGAUAGGUAAUUACAGCUGCCUGAAAGUGGAUCUCAUCUUCACACGAGAUAGAUCAUUUUACUUCACUACCGUUUUCAUUCCGGGGAUCAUUUUGGUGACUUCGUCUUUUAUUACUUUUUGGCUGGAAUGGAAUGCAGUGCCUGCUAGAGUUAUGAUAGGCGUAACGACAAUGUUGAAUUUCUUCACAACGUCGAACGGUUUCCGGUCAACCCUACCUGUGGUUUCCAACUUAACAGCUAUGAACGUUUGGGACGGGGUAUGCAUGUGUUUCAUCUACGCAUCGCUACUUGAGUUCGUGUGUGUGAACUAUGUCGGUCGAAAACGACCACUUCACAAUGUCGUGUACAGACCCGGCGAAAAUCCAGUGACGCAGCGACUGCCCGCAGUUCUCAGCAGAAUUGGCAUUAUACUGGCCAGCCCUUUGGAGGCGAUGGCAUUCCUCAAUUGGGCUAAAUCAGAAACGCCCCAACCGGAGUCUAGCGGUGCUGGUGAUAAAAAGCGAGAGUCGACAGGAGCGGCCGACUUGGUGACGUGCACGGCCUGCACGGGGGCUCCUGGGUCGUGCACCCAUACAACUAAUAAUGGCGGUGUAUCAGAGGUCCGUAAAAAGGAGCCGCCGCAUCCGAUCCGUGUGGCGAAGACGAUCGACGUCAUCGCCCGCAUCACUUUCCCCACUGCCUAUGCUGUGUUUCUUAUCUUCUUCUUCAUACACUACAAGGCCUUCUCUUAAUGCUGCCCACAACGCGCUACGAGGUGCUUAACGUGCGUUCGAAUAUUAGUGCGGCUUCGUAUUUUAUACAUCGUAUUUCACGGCUAUUUACUAGGAUUUAUAAAAUCACUCGCAAGAUCUGAUACAAUUAUUUUUGAUGACUUUCAAUUCAAUUUAAGUAAUUGUGAUUGUACUAACAUAAUUAAGUGAAACAGAAUAAGACACGUAAGAGCCGUAAAUAAAUAGAUACGAAAAGACUCUAGUAAGUUUUUUGUUAAUAAUUUAAUCAAGAAAAGAAUCAAAUAAGAUCGUAAAUGAAUAUCUGUUUUCCGAGGAUUUGAAAUAGGUUCCAGGCUUUAUUCGACGGUGCGUUAUUCCAUCGAAUUCAAGGAACGAUUCCUUUUUCAUGAAUAAUCUUAUGAUAGGUUAAAGUGGGAACAAUUCACUUAUAGUCGAUGUUCGAGUUCUGAAUUGUGUGAUUUUUGUAUAGUAAUUGGAUCGAGAUCGUAACGUGCGUUUUUGUCGUUCGUUAAAUGAAAUCUAUUUCAAACCUAAAGACAGUCCAAUUGUAGGAAAUUUAUUUAGUAUAAGCCAAUUUAAUGUUGUAGAUUUUAUAAAUCAUUAAAAUCACUUUAGACACCACAAUUGUUGUGAUAUCACCAAUAUUAAAAAUCGCUUUUAGAAGAGUGCAUGUCACGCUAGGUAUUAAAACAUGUUUUACCAGAUUUGAGUUUGAAGAAAAGUUACGCAAAGAUUAGACUUAGAAGAUAAAGCUCAAAUAGAUAUUUUUUUAGACUUAGACACCACUCAG